GAACAGGCUGAAGACCCUGAAAGCCAGACAGGACGCUGCUUUUGAAGCCCUGGAAAAGGCCCAGAUGGAGGAGCAGAGAAAGGCAGAACUAGAGGACGAGAGAGACCAUUGGAGUGAAGUGGAGGAGGAGCUGCAGCAGGAGAAGCAGAAGCUGCUGCAGCGAGCAAUGAGGAUGAGGCUGGAGCAGGAGGAAGAGAUGAGGGAACUGAACACGCUGUUCCUCAAUGCCAAGUGCAACAUGAUCCGGGACAAGCAGGUCCUGGAGAAGAGGAUGAUCCACAAGGAACUGGCAGAGGAGGAGAAGCGCCUGGACAAGAUGUUGGAAAUGGAGCGGGAGAAGGCCAUGGAGGUGCAGGAGGAACUGGAGCGCUGCAGGAAGCAGGAGCUGAUCAGAGCCAGGCAGCACAUUGUGAAACAGAUGGAGCAGAAUGCAGAGGAGCGAGCGCUGAGGGCUGAGGAGUUGUACCAGGAGGGCCAGAGGCAGUUGGAGCACUUCGAGCAGAUGAAGAGGGAGGAUCAGAAGGCCUGGGAGCAGAAACAGCAGCGACUAAAGCAAAUCCAUGCCGAGAUUAAACACUUCAACGUGGAGAGCCAGAGGCUGAAGGAUAAACAACGGGAACAGGAGAGGCUGGAGGAUGAGCGGGUGCUGGAGCAUCAGCGGCAGAAGGCUGAGCGCGAGGCUGCCUUGGAGGCGGAGCAAGAACAACUGCGCGUGGAGAAGGAGAAGGAGCUGGCCCGGCUCAGGGCCACGCAGAAGCAGGCCCAGGACUGGCAGGCAGAGCGGGAUGCUCUGAGGGCCAAGAGGAACCAAGAGGCUGCAGACAGGGAAUGGCGGCGACGGGAGCUGGAGAAGGCACAGAGGAAGGCUGAGAUGGAACAGCAGCUGAGGCAGGACCGGCUGCAGCAGGUGGCCCAGAAGGAACAGCACUUGGCCAUGCAGAUGGAGCAGAACCGCCAGGAAUUCCAGAGGGUGCUCAGGACCCACCAGGAGCAGCUGGAGCGGGAGAAGUUGCAGCAGGAGCUGAGAGAGCUCCAGCAGCGCGCCCAUGGCGAAGACCUCCGGCGGCAGAUCCAGGAGCUCAGGCAGCAGCGGCAGUGCGAGCGGGCGGCUGUCAUUGAGGAGGGCCGGCAGCAGGAGCAGGAGCUCCGGCAACGCAGCCAGCGCCUCGCCCAGCUCAGGCAGCAGAAGCUGCAGGAAUUCAGCUCCCUCAGCAUCCUCAGCAAAUGGGACCUGCUACAGGGCCACGGUGCCAGAUCCAUCGGGAGCCUGAUGGAGUCUUUCCUCUGCAGAGCCACCGGAAUGCCUGAGAAGUACUGUGCUCAGGUGGAGCACAAAGCCCAGAGCCGAGUCAGUGCAGCCCCCUCCUAG